GGUCGAGUACGUACAAAAACGGUCAAGAAGGCUGCACGUGUCAUCAUUGAGAAGUACUACACUCGCCUCGGCAAUGACUUCCACACAAACAAGCGUAUCUGUGAGGAGAUUGCCAUCAUACCGUCAAAACCACUUCGCAACAAGAUUGCUGGGUUCGUGACUCAUUUGAUGAAACGCAUCCAGCGUGGACCAGUUCGUGGCAUCUCCAUUAAGCUGCAGGAAGAGGAGAGAGAACGACGUGACAACUAUGUGCCAGAGGUCUCAGCCCUUGAGGAGGACAUUAUUGAAGUUGAUGCUGAUACCAAGGAGUUGCUGAAGACCAUGGACUUUGACAAACUUGCUGGCCUUCAGGUGACCCAGCCUGUUCCUUCUUCUAUUGGCGGAAGGCGAUAAACUAAGCUAAUAAAGAAAGAGGAAA